AUGGAACAUUCAUCCACGAUCAAUCCACAAGGUGAUUCAAUUGAUAUCAAUUAUCAUUCAUCUUUACCAACAAAUACCUAUCAGAACAAACGUAAACGCUCAAAUUCACCAAUUAAUAAUGUAUCAAACAUUGGAAAAUUACUAUUAUCAUCGAGUAAUAAUGAAGUAACAAGUAACGAUGAUGAAGAUAUUGGAACUGAUAGCAGAUUGGUGAAACAAAAUGAUACUCAACAAAUAAAAAGUCUUAAAACAUUUAUUCGUGAAUUUGUUAACGAAAAUUUUGAUGUUACAUCGACAACAGCAUCGUCGAUUGAUCAACAAUAUCAAAUUAUCGAAGAUGCAUGUAUAAAAAAGUAUCCAGAUAUGCAAAGUGAUCGAAUACAGAAAACAGUUCGAAGUUUAGUAAAAAUUCGUAAAAAUAAUCGUCCACUAGACAAUAAAAAACAACAGAUUGCAACGACUAGUUCAAAUUCCAUUAAUCAAAAUAAUACUUCGAUUAUAUCAGAUAGUCUUAGAUAUACGAAACUGAAUGAUCAUUCAAAUGACAAUGAUCUUCAGGAUAUACUUGACGCCCGACUCUCAUCAAUUAUUUAUAAUACAAAUGAAAUAGAUUGUACAAAAUUAAACAAAAAACUUCGAAAUAUUCAUCCAUUACCCAAUAAUAAAAAUGACAUCAUACAUAAUAGUUCUUCUAAAAAUGGUAUUACUGUUGUUAAUUCACCAUCACCAUCACUGAAUUUAGAUUCAGAUUUUCUUCGUCAUGCAUUUCCACAACCAUUUCGUCCGCACGAUUUGACAUCAUAUUUUAAUGGUAAUAACUCUGUAUUUCGCCCCUCUUUUCUUCAAUCGACAUCUCCACUUCCUCUUCAUACUGUCAUAUCAUCACAGUCAUUAACGAACGGUCCUCAAUUGCUUGAAACACCAAAUAUGAAAUCAUAUCCGUUAUCAAAACUGAAAUUAAAUAACGUCGAAAUAGGUUCACUGAAAACAUUGGUCAAUGCUUAUCGCGAAGCUGCCACGUAUCUAUUUCGAUCGGCUGAUGAGCUCGAAACUUUAAUUACACAACAACCAUAA